AUGAAAUAUUGCAUAUUAUUGUUCUAUCUCGCUUUUGUAGCAUCAUCAUUCAAAGUGAAUAGAAAUGAUCAAUUCAUUGUAGAUACAGAUGGUUUAAGACGAGUAUUUCAUGGGUAUAACAUAUAAUCAUAUAUAGAGUAAAUGUUGUAUACAAAUUGCCUCCCUAUUAUCCACCAAUAUCAGAAGGAUUUGAUUCUAAUGAUUCAUUAUCCGAUUUUGAUUUAGACAAUUUAGUCUCUUGGGGAAUGACAUUCAUAAGAUUACAUGUAGCAUGGGAAGGAGUCGAACCAGUUAGGGGAUAAUACAAUUAUACUUAUUUAGAAGAGAUUGAAAAAAUAGUAAAAAGAUGUGAAGCCAAAGGAGUUACAGUGUUGUUAGACUCACAUUAAGAUGUAUUGAAUAGAUUCUUUUGUGGAAAUGGAUUCCCUGAUUGGACAAUUGCCAGAACUAAAUCAAAGGAAUUUAAAUUCCCUUAUCCUUAUAUUUUUUCUAAGAUCCAUACUGAUGAUGAAGGAGUUCCUUUGAUUGAAGAUUGUUUAAAGAAAAAGUUUGUUCUAUAUUAUUUAACUGCUGAAGCUUCUAAAACUUUCUAAAAUCUUUUUGACAAUAAAGAAGGAAUAGCUGAUGCAUUUGCCGAAUAUUGGGGUGUAGUUGCUAAUUAUUUUAAAGAUCAUAAGAAUGUUAUUGGAUAUGAAAUUAUCAAUGAACCUAUUUAAGGGUCAAUAUAUCAUAGUAUAAGAGAAUUCUUAUUCCCAAAUUAUGGUAAUAAUCAUAAUUUAUUGCCUCUUUACAGAAAGGUGCAUUAAUAAAUAAGAAAGUAUGAUGAUCAAAAAAUAAUUUUCUUUGAACCAGGAACUACUGAUCUUAUAGGUGCUGGUUUUAAAGAUACUCCAGGAGGUGAAGAAUAUAGAGAUAGAGAAGUUUACAGUUAUCACAUUUAUUGUUUUAAUGUUGAUGAUUAUAGCAUACCUAAAAAUGAAUAAGUAUGUAAUUAUAUGGAUUCAUUCUUUUUUGCCACUAAAGAGGGUGUUGCUAAAAAUUUAGGAGUUGGUAAAUUCAUGACUGAAUUUGGAGCUAUACUUGAUACUCCAAAAGGAAACAAGGAACUUGACUACUUAUUAGAUUUAAUGGAAUCAAGAUUCACUUCUUGGGCUUAUUGGGAAUUUAAGUAUUACGCUGAUAUUACAACCUAAGCUCAUCCUGGAUAAAUUGAAUCUUUUUAUGAUGAAUUUGGAUAAUUAUACACUAAUAAAGUCAAGACUCUUAGUAGACCAUAUGUAACUAAGAUUUGUGGUGUUCCCAAUAGUUCUAAUUUUAAUAGAGUAGAUGAUGACUCUUAUUUCUUAGAAUUAGAUUGGAGAGCCAGUAAUAAAUGUAAUGGAAAACAAACAGAAAUAUUCUUAUCUAGAGAAUACUAUUUCGAAGAAGUUCAUUUUCAUUUUACGUAAUAUAUAUAUAUUUCUAUUAAUAGAAAAUGUCCUGAAUGUACUUUGACAGCUAUAAGCAAAUCGUAUUAUGUAGUUGUUUUACCUGAAGAUUUCAAAGAAGGAACAACAAUAUCUUUGAUUGUCACCAAUCAUGAAUGAA